AUGACUAGCCCUGAUACUGGGGAUAUGGCAUAUAUAAUCACGUCGGGUGGCCGCUUUUUCCGGGGUGAUCUGAUGAUUGAUCACAUCUUUGAGAUCACCAAGUCCAGGACCUGGCCGGAGAUUCUGCGCGCUCUUGCCACGAAGGGGGAGAGGGAAUUGAGGAUGAAGGUGCUCCGGCCCGUGGUUGUCGAUGAGGAGCCCUGGGAGGAGGAGGAAAUGAUGGUUGAAGGGCAAGGCCCUUGCUUUUUGUGGCUGAACGGCCGUGGUGAUUUUCGGCAGGCGUACACCUUGAGCUGGAGCGAUAGUGUCGCGCUGUUAGCGGAUAUCGCCAGCAACCCUGGUGCAUACGGAGUCCUCCCUCAGAAUGUCGCCAACCUGCGAUUAAUACAUGCAGAUAUCACCCGCCUCCGCCGCCCCGAUGGCCCCGGCUACCUCGUCCCACCUCCACCCCAGAACAUCGACCGUAAGCGUCAUCCCAAGUGGCCCUCGGCCCUGGCGCGAUUUCGCCUUACAAAGUCGACGUACGAUGGAGUGGAAUACUGGGCCCUUCCGGACCUCUUGGGGCUCUUCAUGAGCUCAUUAGGUCGAGCUCCCACAACAGCAACGAAGAGGAAUUUCUACCUGCCGCUGACCGCUGUCUACCGGACAGUGGUGCUCAAAGCUGAUCAGGGAAGGAAGACCCAGUUUGCCAAGUGUGUUUCAGUGCAGUUGGACUGA